AUGUCUCGAUAACCCAUUUUACCUAUCACUCAAAAAUAGUCCCAAUUGGCUCCACAUCUAACAAUAGAGAUCAAAAACAUUAGAACUCCUUUGAUGGAAAGCCAAGCACCCAAGAAUUUAAAGGAACUGUUUGAUCAAUGUGUUGCUUAAUUGUAUCGAGAAAACAAGAUCAAGGGGAACUUCUAGAAACAAAAUAAAUAAAAUUGCAAUAGAGACCAUUAAGGUUAGUUUUUAUUGACUUAAGAAUCAAAUGAUAUUUCAUUUUCAAAACUGGAUAUCAAGACUCUAACCGAAAGAUUCUUUUUGAAUCCUCAUUUUAUUAAGAUGGUUGAAGCUUAGAUAUUUGAUAUUAAGUGUUGCAAUUUCAAGGCUUGUAUCUAUAAUUAAAGAUAAAUCUAAUAAUAAAUCGAUUCAGGCCUUUAUAAAGAGGAAAUUCAAUAAACUCAACUGCCUAAAAGAAGUCUCACCUUUAGAUAGGAUAAUAGAAGUAAAAGUGUUGGUAAAAAUGAGGAUUACAAACUUUAAUAUUAGUAUUUAUAUUAGGAAAUUUAAAGACUUGAAAAAGAGAUUGUCUCUACAUCUACAAAUAGAUUUACAGUCUAAGAACUGAAAUUGCAAUUGAGGGAGGCAAAGGAAAAACUUGUAGAAAUAUAAUCUAAGAUUUUAAAUUGA